AUGGAAGUGAUGUUAGAAAAGAAAGUGAAGUCAGAAAAGGAAGAGAUGUUAGAAAAGGAAGUGAUCUCAGAAAAGGAAGUGAUGUCAGAAAAGGAAGUGAUGUCAGAAAUGGAAGUGAUGUUAGAAAAGGAAGUGAAGUCAGAAAAGGAAGAGAUGUUAGAAAAGGAAGUGAUGUCAGAAAAGGAAGUGUUGUCAGAAAAGAAAGUGAUGUCAGAAAAGAAAGUGAUGUCAAAAAAGGAAGUGAUGUUAGAAAAGGAAGUGAUGUCAGAAAAGGAAGUGAUGUUAGAAAAGGAAGUGAUGUCAGAAAAGGAAGUGAUGUCAAAAAUGGAAGUGAUGUCAGAAAUGGAAGUGAUGUUGGAAAAGGAAGUGAAGUCAGAAAAAAGGAAGUGA